UGGUAAUACAACAACAGAUACUGUAACAAGUUAUACUCUCCUGUCAAAAAGCAGAGAAACACAGUUUGUACUUACUGCAGAUCGUUCUCCACAGUAUGGUAAAAACAUCAUAUUGUUAUUAAUUUGACAGAUGUAUAUAUGAUUUGCAACUGGUAUAAGAAUGAUAAUUUUUGCCUCAAAAACGCCUUAAAACCAUGUGACAUUUUCAUGGUUCUUAAACAAAACAAACUUAUUUUCUUAAAUCUGGAGAACAAGAUUUGUAGGUCAGGGUAUCUCUGCAGCACUACAGUACAUUAUAAUGCUGAUUGUCACAUAUUUCACUUUUAUCAAAGAAAUUGCCGCGUCUGCGAUUUGCAUAUUGUAAUUCGAUUAAUUGUAACUGCAGUCAUAAAUAGCUACUGUAUCUCCGGAGCAGGACUUCAUUCAACCAAAACUUCAUUCACACAAGGAGCAAUUAAAGACUGAUUUGCUGACAAAUUAUGGAGGGUUUUUAAUAAACUCUGCAUAUGGUUUACGGAAUUAACUACUUGGCACCCCUUUAUUUUCAUGAAAUCUCCGCUCCUGCACUACCUGCAUCACUCAUGGUGAUGCAGGGCCAUAAGUGGAACACUGACCUUAACGUUAAGCCAUGGGUGACUGGUCCAUACUUGGUCGUUUCCUGUCUGAGGUCCAGAACCACUCUACAGUGAUAGGCAAGAUCUGGCUUACCAUGCUGCUUAUUUUCCGUAUCCUGCUGGUGGCCUUGGUGGGUGACGCUGUGUACAGUGAUGAGCAGUCCAAGUUCACCUGUAACACCCAGCAGCCUGGUUGCAACAACGUCUGUUACGAUACCUUUGCUCCUGUUUCACAUCUGCGGUUCUGGGUGUUCCAAAUUGUGCUGGUCUCCACCCCAUCCAUCUUCUAUAUAGUCUUCGUCCUGCAUAAGAUUGCCAAGGAUGAGAAGCUGGAUGGCCAAAGGGCACAGGUGGUAGACCAGAGGCCUCCCAGACAGAGAUUUGGACACAUGAAGGGUGGCAUGGAGGCCUGGAGGGUUGGCAUGCCGACCUACUGUCCUCAUUACAGGGAGCAAUGGGAUGCAAGAGAUAGUGAAGGAGGAGAACCAAGCUUUCUAGAAGAGGAUUAUGGUGAGGUAGGAGAGGACCCCACCCAGCAGUCCAGCCAGGUUCUGCUCAUCUACAUCCUUCACGUGUUACUCCGAUCUGUCAUGGAGAUCACCUUCCUAAUAGGCCAGUACUUCUUGUUUGGCUUUGAGGUACCUCACCUGUACCGCUGUGAGACCUACCCUUGCCCCACUCGUACAGACUGCUUUGUGUCACGUGCCACUGAGAAAACCAUCUUCCUGAACUUCAUGUUCAGCAUCAGCCUGGGUUGCUUCGUGCUCAACAUUGCAGAACUCCACUACCUGGGCUGGAUCUACAUUUUCCGCAUCCUCUGCUUAGCCUGCUCCACCUGCUGCAGUCAGGACAGGGACACCAUCAGACUGUACUCAAAUCACAAUCCCCUCCUGCUGCAGCUCAGGCAUUCACUGAGGGGCCAGCUGGUUCUGCAGACCCCAGCAGCCAUGGCCCCAGAGAAGACUGGAGGUCUGCUUGUACAUCCCCCGGCUAUUUCCUUUGAGACAGACUCAACUGUGGAAUGCACCUCCAAGAGAAGUCCAGAGAGCAGAGACAAAGUGAAGGUCAAGCUGGCCAAUAUGGCCAGGCUGGGACGGACCAAGAAGUCUUGGCUGUAAGAGUGACAUUUUUCUGUAAUGCCAUUAUGUUUGUGAAAACAGACUGAGAAAGGCAACUCGGAGGCCUGAAACAUAGCCUAAAUAAAUAUGUAAACAUUGACACAUUGGGCUAUUCUGUGCAUUGUAAAAAAUGGGUCACUUGAAAUUGUUAAUGCCAUGCAAGCAUUUGAGGCAUGGCAAUGCAACAGGAUGAAGCUGUUUCAUAAUAUAUUGUUUCCAUAAUAUGUCUCUGAUGUUCUUUAUUUUCAUGGUAUACAGUUAAUAGCAAGAAAUCAAUGUACCGUUUGGUACUAACAGCAAAUACAGUGCUACAGGGAUGAUGUAUUUUUGUAGUCCAACCUCACCCUGGUUUCUUCAACAAAAAGAUAAUCUAAUCACAGCCACUUUUAGGAUUUUUGAAGCGUAAAUGCGUAA